AUGGGCCUUUUAUCACUCGCCACGUCCUUGUUAGCGGUCAGCUCUACAGCUACCGCUGCUAGUUUAGCUCAGCGCAAUGGCAACAACAAGUUGACAACAGCCGCCCAAAGCUUGUUUGACUAUUCUGUAGAAGUGUCAGACUCUAGAUUUGACUCUAGCUACGGAUACAUCUGGUACCAAGAUAACGGCCAAUGGUCUGUCCGUUUCACAGCUUGGUACCUUGCCGGACUUUUGCAUCGUGGCAAGGCAGAUGAUGUCAAGGCUGCUGUCAAGGCAAUUGAGAAUGUUUUGGCAAACCAGUUGAACAGCGACUUUGACUCUGCCUGGUAUGGCACUUUCAAGCUCGCUCCAGAUGAGCCUGAUCCAACACCAAAUGGAACCUUGUACCCUCCUUCAAUCUACGGGACUUAUGACCCCAAUUGGAGAGAAUUCGUCGGCACCCAACUCAUCCAAGUUGUCGAAGAGUUUGGCCAUCUUCUCCCAAAAGGUCUGGAGUCUCGAAUCGAAGACGCCCUCGAAGCAGCUGCAAUCGGAGGCAUGCGUCGCAACGGCUCUUUCCCCCAAGACGAUAACCUGAUUCUCGGUUACUCCAACCCAGCUAUCAUGCGAACACUCACAACAGGCUGGGUUGGCAAGCGCAAGAACAACAAAGAGCUCAUCAACUUUGCCAAGGAACAAGGCGAGGAUAUUUAUAAGCUGUUCAAGCGAGACCAGAACGCGCUGGCCGAGUACAACGCGCCCAACUACUACGGCAUCGAUAUCUGGGCUCUUGCUGCCAACAUCGCCUAUGGUCCUAAGGAGGAUCCUAUGACCAAGAACGCCAAGCUCAUUUUGGAGAAAUUGUGGGAUGAUAUUGCUGAUCACUACAACCCUUACCUUGGCAACAUGGUUGGUCCGUAUGAUCGUGCAUACAGCCGAGAUGCCAACACUCAUUCUCAAAUCCUGUCGAUGAUCCUUUGGGGUCUCUAUGGCCGUGGUGUCGGAGGUCAGCCACCGCUGGGAGAAGGUGAUUUGCUGUACGACGUUGCCCAAGGUGCAGCCAUUGCCAUGGUUCUCGACGUCGUUGCACCAACUGUCUCCAAGAAAGCCCAGUCCAUCAUCAAGUCCAAGGGCAAGUGGAAGGGCGAGCGUUUCGUCAAGAAGACCAUCUACGAAGAUCUCGAGUCCAAGAACGCUCGCCACGUUACAUCGUGGCUUAGCGCCGAACUCAUGAUCGGCGGCCAAUCUGUCGCUGAGGAGAAGAACAGGGGCAACCAAUACGUUCCUGCCAUCGUUCAUUGGGCUUCAGACCCCAAGCACAAGCCUUAUCCUUACAUGGGUUUCUUCUCCCUGUAUCCCAGCGCAUCCACUCUGACUGCUGUGGCCGGACCCAAGUCUUUGACUGUGUCUUAUCCCAACACUACGCAGGAGGGCACCGAUAUCUUCACUUUUGCCUUGACCGGCAUCCCACCGUCUUGGACCCUUGGAAGCAAGAAUGUUGUCAAGGGACUUGAGAAGCUGCCUUGCCUUGACGUGAAUGUGACUGCCCCAGGACUGGUGAAGCAGGAUGUUGUUUAUGGCGCUACACUAAGGAACCACUGGAUUUACAACAUCUCGUAUGUCGUUCCUGAAGGGUUUAAGGGCGUUCCCAAGGUGACUCUAGACAUGGAGUAUACUUGCUAG